GUUUGUUCUCUAGUAUUCAUUAAAAAAAAAUACGGGAGUCUAAACUUUAAACCACCACCGCUUUGACUGAAUAGCCGACUGUCGCUUAUUCCAUAGAACCACACACACACACACACACUCUCUCUCUCUCUCUCUCUCUCCUAUGACCCUUACAUGUUGGCCAAGAUCUUUGGCUCGUGGCGCUAUGGCCAUUCCAUAUCCAGUACUAUACUUCAAUUGCGGGGAAAAGGUUACGAAGGGCCUUGAAGCGGCACUCCAGUCGUUCUGUAUAUAUAUAUAAUGUCUCCAAUCUAGCUUGACCCCUGUUCAACGCUUGCAUUUCACCAAGUCGAAUCUUGCCCGCACAAUGGCCGACAACAACCAAUCAAUUGAACCGAAGGUAUCAUGUCCGCAGGAAACUCUCAAGGAUGUUGACCUAGGAGAUCUCAAUGUGCAGUCGCUUACUCUGGAGGAGGACAAGAGGAUUCUGCGCCGGAUUGACCUCUACCUUCUCCCAAUGAUGGCGGUUUCAUACAUGUUCCAGUUUCUCGACAAAUCGGCCAUGAGCUUCACAUCCAUUUUGGGUCUGACCGAUGAUCUGCACCUUCAAGGAGAGGAUUACUCGUGGGCCAGCAGUAUUUACUAUUUCGGCUACUUAGCUGCGUCUUAUCUUGCAGCGGUCUUGCUGGUUCGGUUUUCCGUUGGCAAAAUGAUUUCUACAUCGAUUAUUGUUUGGGGUGCCGUGUUGAUGCUGACGGCAACGGUGUUCAACAGCCAAGGUCUCAUCGCGGUUCGUUUUUUCCUCGGUGUAACUGAAGCCGCCAUUGCCCCCGGUCUCAGCAUUGUCGUUUCCAUGUGGUACAAAAGAUCCGAACAACCCUUUCGCCAUGGCAUCUGGUUCCAGGGAAUUACUAUCGCUGGGAUCUUUGGCGGGCUGGUUGCGUACGGAAUUGGUCAUGUGCAAUCGAUCGCUCCAUGGAAGGCCGUGUUUCUCAUUUUUGGUGCUAUCACUAUUGUCUGGGCUUUCAUUCUUUUCUGCUGGCUUCCAGACACCCCGAUGAACGCAAGGUUUCUCGGUGAGGAUGACCGACACAAGGCCGUUUUGAGAGUCCAGGAGAAUAUGACUGGCAUCAAGAAUGAUGAAUUCAAGGUUUACCAAUUCAUCGAGGCACUUCUUGACUUGAAAUGCUGGGCCUUUGUCCUCAUCCAAAUCAGCUGCUCCAUUCCCAAUGGUGGGGUGUCCAAUUUCGGCUCGAUCAUCAUCGAAGGUUUCGGCUUCAGUACGCUGAAUACCCUGCUUGUUCAGAUCAUAACAUACGUGGUCCAGGGUGUCCUCGUCUAUCUCUCCACCGCCGGUUGUUCUUGGUUUGAAAAUAGUCGAACGUAUUGGAUGGUAUGGAACUCGGCCCUUUCGAUCGUUGGAGCUGCUAUGGCUCGGCAAAUAUCCCCCGAUAAUGUUUGGGCUCGAUUUAUCGGGUACUGUCUGGCGGGCGCUUACGCCGUGAAUUUUCCGUUGACGCUGUCAAUGUCGACAGGCAACAUUGGAGGGUUCACGAAAAAAACCACGGUGAACGCUAUGGUCUUUAUUGGGUACUGCGCCGGAAAUAUCAUUGGACCGCAUCUAUUUUUCCCCGAUGAAGAACCGUCGUAUCCAUCGGGCUUCCUUGCCAUGCUGAUAUGUUUUGUCAUCUCGCUUGUAGUGUCCCUUUGUCUGAGGUACUAUCUUAUCUGGGAGAAUAAUCGUCGGGAUCGCCUUGGGCAUAUGGAUAGUGGCGAUUCUUUCGAAAAUCUCGAUGCUACCAUCCUUGACAAGACGGAUAAGGAGCUCUUGCAGUUUCGCUAUGUUUAUUAAAGCAAGCUCUAUGCUUAGGAUGAAGACAAUCAUCGUAGGAC